AAAGCUACUGUGACUUUGCUGCCGGUCUUGCUAUGACGAUGCACACGAGCGCCCUCGAUCCCCACUCUUCACCAACAACUUCGUGUCUCACGAUUAGUUCCCUGAGUCAUUCAUCCGUUCGUCGUGACUCGUCUACAGCGUCAGUCAACUUCGCAGUCGACUUCACACACCGGUCGCCGAUCAUAUAUAGGAGGUCGACAUUUACGUCGUCGAUCAAAUAGAACAAAACCCUAAAUCCGAUUCCUAGGCCGGAAAAUCUCUGUAGCUCUCAUGGCCCAGGCUCGAGUCUCCAUGCAGGUCGGCGCCGACGGCGUUGCCGUCAUCACGAUAUCAAAUCCUCCCGUCAAUGCCUUAGCCAUUCCAAUUAUUGAGGGGUUAAGGGAGAAGUUCGACGAGGCGAUGAGGAGAAAUGAUGUUAAAGCUAUUGUUUUGACUGGCAAAGGAAGGAAGUUUUCUGGUGGUUUUGAUAUUAAUGUUUUCCAGAAAGUACAUAAGGGAGGGGAUAUUUCUAUUUUGCCUGAUGUAUCUGUUGAUCUUGUGGUCAACACAAUUGAAGAUGCCAAGAAACCUGCUGUUGCUGCUAUUGAAGGACUUGCACUUGGAGGCGGCUUUGAAUUGGCUUUGGGAUGCCAUGCACGUAUUGCUACACCAAGAACUCAACUUGGUUUGCCAGAGCUUACGCUUGGAAUAAUUCCCGGGUUUGGAGGCACACAACGUCUUCCGAGGCUUGUAGGGCUGUCGAAAGCUGUUGAAAUGAUGCUGUUAUCCAAAUCCAUAAUGUCCGAAGAAGGGAAGAAACUAGGUCUUAUUGAUGCUGUUGUGUCAUCUGGAGAGUUGCUGAAAGUAUCACGGCUAUGGGCUUUAGAAAUUGCAGAAAGGCGCAAACCUUGGGUGCGUUCCCUUCACAGGACAGACAAACUUGGUUCUCUAUCUGAAGCACGUGAGAUUUUGAAGACUGCAAGACAACAAGCCACGCGAAUUGCUCCAAAUUUGCCUCAGCACCAUGCAUGUCUUGAUGUAAUUGAGGAGGGCAUUAUCCAUGGGGGAUAUAGUGGGGUUUUGAAGGAGGCAAAAGUAUUUAAGGAAUUAGUCUUGUCUGAAACAUCAAAAGGCCUUGUCCAUGCUUUCUUUGCCCAGCGUGCAACAUCAAAGGUACCUAAUGUUACUGAUGUUGGGCUCAAACCAAGGCAUGUAAAGAAAGUUGCUGUUAUCGGUGGGGGUCUAAUGGGCUCUGGCAUAGCUACGGCUCUUAUCUUGAGCAAUAUAUUUGUUGUUCUCAAAGAAAUUAACUCCGAAUAUCUUCUGAAGGGGAUAAAAAUGAUUGAAGCAAAUGUCCAAGGUUUGGUAACGAGAGGAAAGUUGGCUAAGGAUAAGGCAGGCAAAGCUUCCUCAAUGCUCAAAGGUGUAUUGGACUACUCAGAAUUUAAAGAUGUGGAUCUGGUCAUAGAGGCUGUCAUUGAGAAAGUUUCACUGAAGCAAACAAUAUUUGGUGAACUUGAGAAGAUUUGUCCUCCCCAUUGCAUUUUGUCAACAAACACAUCAACCAUUGAUCUCAAUAUUGUUGGACAAAAGACCAGUUCUCAAGAUCGCAUUGUGGGAGCACACUUUUUCAGCCCUGCUCAUCUGAUGCCUCUGCUGGAAAUUGUACGGACGGAGAAGACUUCUGCACAAGUAAUCCUUGAUCUGAUGACUCUUGGGAAAAUCAUGAAGAAAGUUCCUGUUGUGGUGGGAAACUGCACAGGUUUUGCAGUCAACAGAACCUUCUUCCCUUACUCGCAAGGUGCACAUAUGUUGGUCAAUUUGGGUGUGGACACUUUCCGGAUUGACAGGGUCAUCAGCAGUUUUGGCCUCCCUAUGGGCCCUUUCCAGCUUCAGGACUUGGCUGGUUAUGGAGUAGCUGUUGCAGUUGGGAAAGAAUUUGCCACUGCAUUUCCUGAUCGAUCAUUCCGAUCUCCAUUGGUUGAACUUAUGAUAAAAAGUGGGCGAAAUGGUAAAAACAAUGGGAAGGGAUACUACAUAUAUGAGAAAGGAAGCAGUCCAAAGCCUGAUCCUUCAGUGUUUCCAAUUAUUGAGGAGUCUAGAAAGCUCACUAGCAUUAUGCCUGGUGGAAAGCCUAUAUCUGUUACCGACCAAGAAAUUGUGGAAAUGAUACUCUUUCCUGUGGUGAAUGAGGCAUGUCGAGUACUUGAUGAUGGAGUAGUAGUUCGAGCAUCAGACCUUGAUGUUGCCUCUGUUCUUGGAAUGAGUUUUCCUUCUUAUCGUGGUGGUAUUGUUUUUUGGGCGGAUACAGUUGGGCCUAGCCAUAUAUAUUCAUGUCUCAAAAAGUGGUCAGAAGCAUAUGGCUACUUCUAUAAGCCAUCGAGAUUCUUGGAAGAAAGAGCAACAAAAGGCAUUCCCUUGAGUGCACCUGCUGCGUCAAAUUCUUCAGCUUCAAGGUCACGCCUGUAGCCACAGUUCCAUAUCCGCCUGGUCUCUCCAGACUCUGCUUAUUGAGAAAGAUAAAUUGUGCAACUUGCUCCUGUGGAGAGAAGCUUGAAAUUCAAUAAAAUCUCCAUUCCACAAAACUGUAUAUGUUAUGAUGUUCCCAACUCCCUUACCUCAGUGUGUGUGUGUGUGUGCGUGUGGCUAAAUUAAGUGCUUCAAUGCCCUGGUAGGUUCUGCUAUUUGUAGACCUGAAAUGUACCGGGGAAGUAGGUGAACAUCUGAUUUUCAUACAUGAUGCCUUUAUACUAUCAUUUACAGCAAUGAAUUUGACAUCAAGGGGAAGUGAGAAAGAUAUAAAGGGUUUUGUUCUACUCAA